UCAAGUGGAAUCUAUGCAUUAAUAUGCCCUUGGUAAUAUCUAACAUGCUGUUCCUAAUCAACGUCAUCGUCACCUUCUGGGUUUCUGGUGUUCAUGGACAAGUGAAGCCUUGUGAUUUUCCAGAAAUAAAACAUGGAUAUCUAUAUGCUGAAGAUUAUUAUAAACCAUACUUUCCAGUGCCUAUAGGAAAAUAUUAUUACUAUUACUGUAAUCAAAAUUUUUUGACUCCUUCAAAAUAUCGCGGGGGUUAUAUUUAUUGCAGAGCAGAAGGAUGGUCACCAGCAGUACCAUGCCUCAGACAAUGUACUUCCACUAACUUGGAAAAUGGAAAGUUUCCACAUUGGGGAAGAACAUAUUUACAGGGUGAAUCUGUAAAAGUGGAAUGCUAUUCUGGCUACAGUCUUCCAGAUCAGCAGAGCUUAAUGACAUGUACAGAGAAUGGCUGGUCCCCUCCUCCCAGAUGCAUCCGUGUUGAAACAUGUUCAAAAUCAGAUAUAGAAAUUGAGAAUGGAUUUAUUUCUGAACCUGACUUUACAUAUCCCUUCUAUAAACGGGCACAAUAUAAGUGUAAACCAGGAUAUGUAACAGCAGAUGGUAAAACAUCAGGAUCAGUUAUAUGUCUGCAGAGUGGAUGGUCAGCUCAACCCACAUGCGUUAAAUAUUGUGAUAUGCCAUUAUUUAAGAAUGCCAGAGCCAAAAGUGACAGAACAUGGUUUAAGCUCAAUGACACAUUGGACUAUGUGUGCCGUGAUGGAUAUGAAAGCAGAAGUGGACACGCCACAGGCUCCAUAGUUUGUGGUAAGGAUGGUUGGUCUGAUACAGCCACGUGUUAUGAAAGAGAAUGCAAGAUUCCCCAAAUAGAAAGAUAUUUAAAUGUUGACCCCAAGAAUGACAUUUACAAAGUUGGAUCCGUGUUGAAAUUCUCCUGCAGACAAAGACGUAUAAUUGUUGGAGCAGAUUCAGUUCAGUGCUACCACUUUGGAUGGUCCCCUGGUUUUCCAACAUGUAAAGCUGAAGUAAGAUCGUGUGGUCCACCUCCUCAACUCCCGAAUGGGGAAGUUAAAGAAGCACAGAAGCAAGAAUAUGGACACAGCGAAGUGGUAGAAUGUGUUUGCCAUCCUGGAUUUCUGCUGAAGGGUUCUAACAAAAUUCAAUGCGUUGAUGGAGAAUGGACCACCUUGCCUACGUGUAUUGAGGAGGACAGUACAUGCGGAGAUGUACCUGGCCUUGAUCAUGGCUAUGUCGAGCCUUCUGACCCUCCCUAUCGCCAUGGAGACUCAGUAGCGUUCACUUGCAGAGAAGCAUUUACAAUGAUUGGACACAAGUCAAUUAUGUGUAUUCGUGGAACGUGGACCCAACUUCCACAGUGCAUUGCAACAGAUGAACUUGCGAAGUGUAAAUUGUCAAAGUUAAUUACACGUGAGGAAAGCUAUUCACAUAAGAUUGAAUUUAAUCAUAACGCCAACAUAAGUUACAAAUGUAGAGGAAAAUACAAACACUCAACCUGCGUAAAUGGAAGAUGGGAGCCUGAAGUAACAUGCACGGAAGUACAAAUGCAAUUGUGCCCACCUCCACCUCAGAUUCCCAAUGCUCAAGAUAUGACAACUACAGUGAAUUAUCAGGAUGGAGAAAAAAUAUCUAUUCUCUGUAAAGAAGAGUAUCUAAUCCAGAGAGGAGAAGAAAUCGUGUGCAAAGACGGCAGAUGGCAGUCAAUACCACGCUGUGUGGAAAAAACCCCAUGCUCUCAACCACCUCGUAUAGAACAUGGUACCAUUGAAUCAUCUAAAUCUACAGAAGAAAGGAAAGAGAGAUCUGAACCCAAGCGUUAUGCACAUGGCACCAGAUUAAGUUAUAUUUGUGAAGAUGGUUUCAGGUUGUCUGAAGGCAAUGGGAUAACCUGCAACAUGGGAAAAUGGAGUUCUCCACCUCAGUGUGUAGGAAUUCCUUGUGAACCACCAGCUUUGAUUCCACACGGUGUUCUAGCUCACAAGUUAGACAGUUACCAAUAUGGAGAAGAAGUGAUGUACAGCUGUACCGAAGGUUUUGGGAUUGACGGACCUGCAUCUAUAAGAUGUUUAGGAGGAAAAUGGUCUGAUCCGCCACCAUGCAUAAAAACGGAUUGUCUUAGCUUACCCAUCUUUAAUGAUGUCAUACUCAUAGGCCAGAAAAAGGAAUCAUAUAGGUCAGGAGAACAAGUGGCUUAUAAAUGUCCAGAAUAUUACCAAUUGGAUGGAUCCAGUUUUGUCCAGUGUGUUAACGGCAAAUGGAUAGGAAGGCCAACAUGCAGAGAUGUUUCCUGUAAGAAACCACCUGAAGUCAAAAAUGCCAUUACCUCAAAUCAUAUGUCUAGGUAUCCAUCUGGGGAGAGAGUACGUUACGAAUGCAUCAAACCUUUUUAUCCAUUUGGGGAAAUAUAUGUGACAUGUUUGAAUGGAAUCUGGACAGACCCACCUCAAUGCAAAGACCCUAGAGGAAAAUGCGGACCCCCUCCACCGAUCGACAAUGGAGACAUUACCACAUUCCCAUCACCAGCAUAUCCUCCAGGAUCAACAGUUGAGUACCAAUGCCAGUCGCUCCACCAACUUCAGGGAAACAGGAUUAUAACAUGUAGGAAUGGAGAGUGGACCAAACCACCAAAAUGCUUAGAUUCAUGUGUAAUAUCACUAGAAAUGAUGGAAAAACAUAACAUAGAACUACGAUGGAUGGGGGAGAAAAAGCUUUAUUCUGAAACAGGGGAUGUUGUUGAAUUUGCGUGUAAACCUGGAUAUCGUAGAAAGACAAAUGCCGCAAAAUUUCGAACAACCUGUCGGGAAGGAAAACUGGAGUAUCCCACCUGUGAAAGACAGAGAUUUAACACGCGUUCAUAAAAUCCUCAUGUGUGCAUUUAUUCAGAAUUUGUCAUUAUUAAUCCAAUUCUUCUCAAGUCAUUCCUUCAAGUAUUGUUUAACUCAUUUUGGCUCAUACAUCAGAAUUUGUGUUAAAUAUUAUGUAGACAAUGUUAGACACUAAUGAAUCACUUCUAAAAGGACCGCAUUAAAACUUGGCUAACCAAAA